AUGAACUCUCUCGUCGCCUUUGCUGUGCUGUUUGCUUGGGGCUUGUCCCCAGCUCACGGGAGCCUCUGGGAGCUGCAGAAGAUGAUUACAAAGGCGACGGGGAAAAACGCCUUGCUGUAUUACUCCUCCUACGGUUGCUACUGCGGCUUCGGGGGCAAAGGGCAGCCCAAGGAUGCCACAGACAGGUGCUGCCAGCUGCAUGAUACCUGCUACAACAACCUCCUGAGCUACCACUGCAAUGCCAAGAUGCAAGGCUACCGCUAUGACUGGCACACUGGCAGCCCCUUCUGCAGACAGGGCUCCUGGUGCGCCCAGCUCUCCUGCGAGUGCGACCGCAGCCUGGUCCUCUGCCUGAAGCAAAGCCUCGGGAGCUACAGCACACGCUACCGCUUCUACUGGAAGCGCCGGUGCUAG